AGCUCCGCGCGGGGAGGGGAAGAGGAGGACUCCGGGCCGGCCGGGUGUCCGAGGGCGGCGGGUCGCGGGAAGGGGGAGACUGAGCAUGCGCAGCCGCUCCGGCGAAGGCAGGGAGGAGGGGACCCGUGCGCGCGCGCACGAGCGGCCCGCCGGCGGCCGCGGGUGGAGGGGGCGGUUCCUCGAGUGUCGGCGGCCGGAGGGUGGGCAGGCUGGUGGCAGGUGCCGCCUGGGCCACCGCCGCAGCCUCCUCCGGGUCCCGAAGCUCCCGAGCCUCCGGAGGUGAUGAGCUGGACUCCGUCGGGGGCUGCACCUGCCGGCUGCCCAUCACUCCGCGCCUCCCGGCGUGACCUCGGCCUCCCAGCGCGCCCGAUCCCCGCGGCGCGGUGCUGCCCCUGAGCGGGAGCGGCGGCGGCCUCCUCCGCACCGCGUCCUCGCUGGGGGGCCGCGCGGGGACAGCGCCGGGCCCCCUCCCCUCCCCCGUCCGCCGUCCUCAAUGUCUCCACGGCGGGGAGGGGGCUGCCUGGGAGACGCGCUGAGCGGCCCCCCUCGGAGGUCCGUCGGCCGCAGCAGCAGCGCCCAGCCCGGCGCCCCGCAGCCUUGCCCGGCGGCGGCGGCCUGGAGGAGCCGCGCACCCGCCGCCGCCCCCGGAGCCUCACACCCGCUGCCGCCCCCCGGCGCCGGAGGAGAAGGCGGCGGGCGCCCCCCAGGGAAGAUGAAGGCGGAGGGAGGUGACCACUCCAUGAUCAACCUGUCGGUGCAGCAGGUCCUGAGCCUCUGGGCCCACGGGACGGUGCUGAGGAACCUCACGGAGAUGUGGUACUGGAUCUUUCUCUGGGCUCUCUUCUCCUCUCUGUUUGUCCAUGGUGCUGCGGGAGUGCUGAUGUUCGUCAUGCUGCAGAGGCAUAGGCAGGGGAGAGUGAUCUCCGUCAUUGCAGUCAGCAUUGGAUUUCUGGCUUCUGUAACUGGAGCAAUGAUCACUAGUGCAGCAGUAGCAGGCAUUUACCGAGUAGCAGGGAAGAACAUGGCCCCUUUGGAAGCCCUGGUGUGGGGCGUUGGACAGACUGUACUGACGUUGAUCAUCUCCUUUUCAAGGAUCCUCGCCACACUUUGAGGUUUCUGUGGAAAUGUCUGACCUUACAUAAGGAAACAGAUGUACAGAUUCUCUGAAAAUGGCAUUGUUAGCAAGUGGGAAUUAAAUUAUACAGGAAUCCUGGAAGGAGCAGGUCGGAGCAUAAGGCCUUGAGCUGUGUGGAAAGAUUGCCCUCUGGUGUUCAAGUGAUUGCACUACCGCACUGCACCUUACGUGCCUCCGUCCCAGGCAAGGCGAAUUACUCUGAGAAGCUACAAGAAAACGCACCUUGUUUAGCUGCCAAUCAGGUUAACAUUGGUGUUGAAUCAUCGUUUUUAACAGUGUUGUGUUUAAGUUACAGGGACAUUUUGAAGAAUUGAUAUAUGUGCCAAACUCUUCUUUUUUUAUAAAUUGGUCAUGUGACAGUUUGCAAGUGUAGAUGUAGAUGAGACAAGUGCUGUGAAAGUGUUUGACAUGAAUUCAGGUCACGUAGUGAGACUUUGUAACUAAAUCCUGUGUGAGUGCCGAAUACCGAAUUGUUUACUAGGAGAUAAAUUAUUUUAUUUUUAAUGUUGAACUUUUUUGGGAUUUAGGGCUUUAAUAUGGUUAGGCAUUAUUGUUAUUUAAUUUAUGUGGAAAAUAAUAUUAAUGGAAAACUAGCUAAACUCUUUUAAGGACUCAAAGUAGAUCUAUAGGGUUCAUCCUUUUCAUGAACAUAAAUAAUACUUUUAAUAGUUUCCCUCAUACAUAAAUGUUCUAUUGAUAUGAAUUAAAAAACUUUAUCGGUAACACACAUUGAUUGUAGUUUGUGUGUCAUAAAAAUAUUAUUUGAAAUUUUUCUUAUAAAUUUUGUUAGAAAACAAGUCUGAAAUGCAUGUUGCAUUCUUUGACCCUCUAAAGAAAGUUUUGCCCUGUGUCUCAUGGAGAAAACAUCUUCACAACUGUUCCUCAGUGGGGUUCUAUGACUUGUUGCCUAUGUCUUGAUUUUUGACAAAGUGUAAGCAGUCUUUAAUUCUGGAGUAUUAACUAUAUUUAAAGAGUGGCCUAAAUUAGGCUGUGAAAACAAAAAGCCUCAUUUGUAGAUAAGUAACAGUAAGUUAUCUAGGGAGAUUAAUAAACUAUCUUACUUUGGAUAUGUGGUAACAAAAUUUCACUGAAUAAGAAUUGAGGAAUUUAGUAAAUCUGGCAGUCCAUCUCAGUGUUUAAAACAGUACUGAAAUAUAUUUGAGUGAUUCAUUUUGUUCAGUUCUUGAUUUAUGCUAAGUUUAUUAGAAUGUGAUGGCAUUUAUUGGAAAUGAAAAAGUCUUUAGUAUAAAAUAUUUUAAGAGAUUUUGGCAACAUAUAAUUGUUUUUAAGACUACAGGAAGUAAGGGAAACAGAACCUGCUUGAACUUAUCUCCUCCUGACAUUUUUUAAAACCAGGUACAAUUAUAAAUGUUCUUACUCAAAGGAGAGCUAUUGCAGAGAAUGCGAAGUGAAGGACAAUCCAGAAAAACAUCAGCGUGCUUCAGCCUUGCUGCUUUAGAACCUGGUUGGGUAACAAGUAGGUUCCUAUUAGGUCCCAUUCAAAUUUAAGGCCUUUGCUACACAGGUCACUUUUCCUUCACCAAAAAAAUAGUGAGGAGUUGGUGGGAGAGGAGAAGCUACUUUUACCAGUAGGAAAGCCAAUUUGGGGAAUUUUCUAAUUCUGUGGCUUGGAAAUUUUUUAAAAAAUAACAAUUAGCAUCUAUGCACUUAGAGAUCUUUGAAGUAAAUCUUAAAAUUGAUUUUAAAUAUGUAUAACCCUGAAAUUAAUUUCAUGUGUUCUUUAUAGUUUUGAUGUUUUCCAAAUUAAAUUUAGGCAUAAGUUUUCCAAAUUAAAUUUAGGCGUAAGUUUUCCAAAUCAAUUUGAUUUAUCCUUUUCUGUUAGUCUUGAAUUCAGUGUUCUUUCUUUAUGUUGGCUAUUCUGUCAAUAAUUUAAAGUGUUUGUAUUCUUUGAGAGGAAUUACCAAUAACAUAUUGAAGAUGUACAAAAUGAAAAAUUUUAACAUAUAGUUAUGUUGUGAUUUAAGAAAGUUAUCCUGGUGAGGUAAUAUGGAACAUAUGGUUCAGAAUCAAAACUUAACCGGAAAAUAACUUGGUACAUAAAUAUGUGAAUGCAUGGACCAAAGAGAUUCGAACUCCCAUUUUUACUCUUAGAAUGGAAGUAUAAUUUGAUAUAUAAUAAUUAGUUUGUAGAGUGUCCUAAUCUCAUUAUCAAGUUGCUUUAUAUUAUGAAGUGUGUGUGUGUGUGUGUGUGUGUGUGUGUGUGUGUACUUUUAACUUGUAGGGGAAUUCUUGUUUUGUUUUUGCUGUUUUCAGCUCUUUCCAUUGGGAUUUUGUGCAACUGUCACUCUUUUGAUGUUUUGAAAUAUAGUUGAAUGGUGUGCAUUGAUGAAAUUGUCUUAAUAGAUAUUUCUAUGUUGAGAUUUUUUUUUAAAGUUAGUGGUUUUCCUACAGAUACAAGAAACAUGUAAUGAUAUAUAUCCACAUACACCUAUAUAUCAUUAUAUACGUCCACACAAAGCUGCCAUGUAUGAACGCAGUCUAGCUGGACAGCUGCUGUUCCAGGAACACAUCCAUGCUCUAGUGGAGAAUUUGUUCAGCUGAAUGAUCUUUUAAAUGGGUUUGAGGAUGUUUGAGAUUUUUUAAUUUGGGGAGAUUUUUCUUGGUUUAAUAGUGCUGGAGACCCUUGUUUUUAUAUGACAAAAGCUCUUAUUGAUGUAUUUGCGUUACACUUAUUUAAAAUGUGUUUUUGAUUUAGCAGUAAAUUCUCUUUGAUUAAAGCAGGAAGGAUAGAGGAAAUCAUCUGCAGUUUACACAUCUUUAUUUUUUUUCAUGUGUAGUAAAGUAUUGCUGACAAUGAAAUCAGUUCCCCAAAGAAGAGACUCCUAUAUGCCCAAACUAGUUAUUAUUUAACAUCCUGGUUAGAAAUGCCCAUAGGCCAGAGUUGAGUCAGGGGACCUCAUCUAAACUAUAAAUAACGCUGAAAACCUUUAAAUGAAGGAGGUGCAAAUAAUCUGCCCAUGGGAUGAUUCCAUGGGUUGUCUAGAAUAAGGCAAGUCCUAAAUGAUGGCUAUAUUCAGUGCUUGCAGCUUAAUUAUUCUUACUGUAGAUCUCAGUGUUUACCAAACAGUGUUAUAGUUUGUAACCCAAUGUACUAAGUGUUUGCAGCAUUUAGUAUUCCCAUUCCCUUAAAAAUUGUAAGGGUCUUAUUUGUACUUUAAGUGAGAAGUAAAGAAAUGAGCUGCCCUGUGUAUCAUGUAUUUGUGAUGUAAGGAACAAGGGUAAUUUAAAAUCAAAGAAUAUUGUUGGGAAAAGUCUUUAGAGAACUUUAAUUAAGGUGAGGAGACUGGGGCUGACAUGUUAACAUGCCCAAGCAGACACUUACACCAACUAAUUCAAUUGUUUAAAUAUUUUUGAUGGACCUACUGUGUAUGUAUAAAGCUGUAUGGAGUAUUUUCUAUAGGAAGUACAAGGAUGACUAAGAUAGGAUUCCUGCCCUUGAGUUCACCAAAAGCUAGCAAGAUGGUUUUAAAUC